CAGUCGAAUAUUUAGAUCACAUUACGAUAAUCCAUCAAAAAAGAGAGACAAAAACAAAAAGGUAACAUGCGAACCAAAAAAACGGCGGAAGGUCAAUGGCAAAAGGCUCAAAUAGUCCGACCUUGGGGCCUUAUACGUAGUGACAAGGUGUGUUUGGUUCAGCAGUCAGUCCAUAGCUCUUACAGCGGCCGUUAAGAGCCUCCUAGAGAGGGCCCUUCCACCCUAUAUGUGUGAUCACCUGUUGGGAUAAAAAUGAUAUACAUUUUAGUGAUAAAGACGUGAAGAGGGAGAAUCAGACGAGUGAUAGAGAAAUAGAGGUAUUUUUUUAGCAGACACUAAUAUAAUAUGGGAUUCCUGACUGGACUUAAUAUCAUAACUGUGAUCUUGAUAUUAGUGAGCUGUGAUUGCCGAGCACUUCAUCCCCACACGCUCUUGGACACGUCUGAACUGAUUCGAAUCCGCGGCUACCCGGCUGAAGUGCAUCACGUGACCACCCGCGAUGGGUACGUUCUUCAGCUACACAGGAUCCCCCGCGGAUUGACCCCCACGCCCCGCCCCUGCACCCGCCGCUUCCGAACGCACGAGUCGAAAGGCAUGAGAUGGAUUCUGUUGGAAUGGUUAAAGAAAGUUCAUAGUCGAGAGAUCUCAAGGAGGUGCGGCUCAGCCCAAGGGAAGCGCCCGGUUGUCCUGCUCAUGCACGGCGUCCUCUCCUCGUCCGACGAUUUCGUGUUAAAUGAUCCACACCAGGCGCUAGCCUUUAUGUUAGCGGACGCUGGUUACGAUGUGUGGCUGGGAAACGCGCGAGGAAACACGUACAGCCGCCGCCAUGUACGACUCUCGCCUGAACAGCCCGAGUUCUGGGAUUUCAGCUGGGACGAAAUAGCCCAGUACGACCUUCCGGAUAUGUUGGCCUACGUCAGGAACACCACGCGGGCGCCGACGCUGGACUACGUAGGACACUCCAUGGGCACCACUGUCUUCUUCGCUAUGAUGAACUACUACCCUCACAUCAAUGGCUGGAUCCGGAAGAUGGUUGCUAUGGCCCCCUCGGCGUACAUCCAUAAUAUUUUCGCCGGUUAUAGGAUGCUCUCUAUUUUCAGCCAAAUAGUGGGUGGGAGUGAGAGCAAGUACGAGACAGGUCGGUUGUCCGUGGAAGGGAAGACCAGCCUCGCCAACCUCUGUUCUCCCGACGCGCUGACAAGGGGCGUUUGCCUCAAGAUUAUUGGUCUUGUUGCUGGACCUUCCCGACAUGCGAUUGAAAGGGAUUACCUCCCCGUGAUCGUCGCCCACACCCCCGCCGGCGUCGCUACCAGGGUCCUCACGCACUACUCCCAGCUGAUCCUUGCCCAGAGGUUUCAAGCGUUUGAUUAUGGACCAACAAGAAACCUGGAAAAGUACGGGUCACUUACACCCCGCCAGUACUCACUGGAGCGAGUGACCGUGCCCGUGGGUUUGUUUUGGUCCCAAGAUGAUUGGAUCAACACUCCGCGAGACGUGGCGCAGAUUGCAGAGGAGCUUCCGCGCGUGAUGCUGAACUACAAGGUUCCGCUGAGAGGGUUCAACCAUCUGGAUUUCCUCUGGUCUGAGGACGCCCGUCGCCUUGUUUACAUUCCCUUAGUGAAAUUCUUAAAAACUUGAGAUUAAAAAAGAAAAGACAGUCCAACGAAGGCACUCGCCUAGUCUCGUCUGAAAGUACCCCUUCGGCCCUGACAGAGGUGACCUUUCGACCUUUUUAGUGGUGUCUCGGGCCUUCCAAAAAUAUUCGUUCUCCGACCUGCCAAAUUACUUAAAACAUUUAAGGUGGAAUUACAGCAAAUUCCAACGUUAUUCCAGACCUGUUAAUUCCAUUCUCUUCGCCCUUGGUGCUGGGGAUGUGGACGACGUUGGGACCCUGCCUGUGGCGCCGACGGCUCAAAGGCUUUCAGGAACCGUUUUCCAGUGCAGAAAAGGUCCUUAAAUUUAGGGGUCCUUAAAUUCAGGCGUUAGGCAUCUAUAAAACAACUAUAUUAAGGGCCAAAAGUAGAAUUGGCAACUUUCUUUAUACUUGUUAUUUAUAGUGUAAACACUCCAGCAUAAAAUUGCGAGUUGUAGUGGAUCUAUUUGUCUAUAUUUUGUAUGAGUUUUGUCAAGUGUUCCUACUUAACCCAUUCGCGCCGGAUUUAUGUUCUGCCCCUGUAGUUUUAGGUGAAUUUUGUUACAUACAGAUGGCUCCACAUGUGCUCAGCCGGCAAGGAGUCUUUCAGUGGACCCUAGUUACCGAUCCUGAUUUCCCAA